CUAGCCUACUGCUAACAUCCCGUUCGGAGAGACGAAGAAGAGUUAGCAUCAACACAGAAGCCUCCUGCAAAGGUUAUUUUCCGGCCGACCCAGUUAUAAAGCAGCGCAGCAGCAGCAGCAGUAAAGGAGGAAAAUGGACACAAGAGCCUUGAGGAAUCCGUAUCCCGACUACGAUGGGAGUCCUGCGUGCACACAUGCGUUGUUUGACUCGCAUGGGAAGGUAAUGUACGAAGGAAGGUGUACGUCAGGUGUUUGCGCGUGUGUUUCAAAGUGCGGCUCAUUAUUUAUUCUUUACCUUCAGCUCACAUCAGAGUUUGCCCAGCAGCUGAGCAGCAAGGUCAGUGAGCUUUUAGCUGUCAUGGAAAAUGGGCUGAGGUCUGCUGAUCCAAGAGAUUGCACUACUUACACAGGCUGGGCAGGCAUCGCUCUGCUCUACCUGCACCUCCACAACAUCUUUAAGGAUUUCGCCUUCCUCCAGAGAGCGCUGGAGUACGUCAGCCGCAGCCUCAAGUGUCUGACCCGGCGUCACGACGUCACCUUCCUCUGCGGGGACGCCGGGCCGCUGGCUGUGGCCGCCGUGGUGUACUACCGGCUUCAGAGGCCGCAAGAGACUGACGAGUGCAUCAACAGACUGCUGCAGUACCACCAGACGGUGGUGGCCGGUUCAGGCGGGGUGCCAGACGAGAUGCUCUACGGGCGGGUGGGCUACCUCUACUCCCUCGUCUUCAUCAACCAGCAGCUCGGCCAAGACAGGAUCCCGCUGCAGUACAUCCAACAGAUCAGCGAGUCCGUGCUGGCGUCAGGCGAGCACCUGAGCAGGAAGUUCCGGCUCCAGAACCAGAGCCCCCUGAUGUACGAGUGGUACCAGGAGCUGUACGUCGGCGCCGCCCACGGCCUGGCUGGCAUCUUCUAUUUCCUCAUGCAGCCGGGCUUCGUUUCCGUGGAGGAGCACGUGCACCGGCUGGUGAAGCCCAGCGUCGACCACGUGUGCCGCCUGAAGUUCCCCACCGGAAACUACCCUCCCUGCAUCGGAGACGACCGCGACCUGCUGGUGCACUGGUGCCACGGAUCUCCGGGGGUCGUCUACAUGCUGCUGCAGGCCUACAGGGCUUUCGGCAUUCCUCAGUACCUUGGGGACGCUCUGCAGUGCGGUGAGGUGGUGUGGCGGUACGGUUUGCUCAAGAAGGGCUACGGGCUCUGCCACGGAGCGGCAGGUAACGCCUACACCUUCCUGGCCCUCUACCGGCAGACGCAGGACCCGAAGCACCUUUACAGAGCCUGCAUGUUUGCCGACUGGUGCAUGAACUACGGCAAGCACGGAUGCCGGACACCAGACACUCCCUUCUCUCUUUUUGAAGGCAUGGCGGGCACCAUCUACUUCUUGGCCGACUUGCUGCAGCCAAUGAAAGCGAGGUUCCCGGCGUUCGAGGUGUAGACAGGUAGCGCCUCCCUCCCUCCCCCCUCCAACAACAUCGCCGCAGAUAAUCUAACAAGAAGAAGACGACUCAUUCUCCGUCACACGCAUGCAUGGAAACACUGGUAAAUAAUGUUCAAGGACUUUAGUCUCGAAGGCCGACUUUUGACUCCCGCUUCAGAUUUUUCUGUGCCAUGUUUUUUCCCCCCUCCCGCUCGAGACAAAACAAGAAGAAUCCUCAAAAGAUAUGUUGAGAGCUUCGAUAGCAUCUUUGGUUCAGCUGUUCAGUGUCUAGCCGUAACUGCACAUUGUAACGUAUUGUAGGGAUUCAGCAACACAUGACGGGAAAGUUAAUUUUAAAAUAACAAAAAAAAAAAUGUGGGGAAACAAACAAACAAAAAAAAAAGGUGUUAACAAAUAACUGUAUAUUUGUAUUGUUUAAGUUGGUUGCUUUUGUUUACUAUUUGAUGUUUUUGUUUCUUUUUUUUUUUUUAAAAGAAAAAGCAGUAAAGCUCGUAACAUUGCACUAGAUUUAUCACAGCUGUGUCGUAUGUUCAACCCUCACAAUACCCGGUGUAGAGCUGUCGCCUGUCCUGAGCAAUAAACUUUUUACAGCUGU